GCGAGCGGGUCGGGGGUCGGGCGGGAUGCGGGGCCGCCGCCACCUUCGCCGUCUCCCGAGAGUGUGAGCACCAGCCGGGCCGCGCCCCCCGGCGGACCGAGCGUUCCGAGCGUUCCGGGCGCGGGCCGGGCCCAGCGCCGGGCAGCCCGGCCGCCCCCGCCCCUCCCGCCGCCCGCGACGCCGGGCGCUCAUGCGGGCCCCGCCCCGCCCCCCGCCUCUGCCCGCGCCCGCGCCGCGCCGCCCGCACCAUGCUCAAGUGCAUCCCGCUCUGGCGCUGCAACCGGCACGUGGAGUCGGUGGACAAGCGGCACUGCUCGCUGCAGGCCGUGCCCGAGGAGAUCUACCGCUACAGCCGCAGCCUCGAGGAGCUGCUGCUCGACGCCAACCAGCUGCGCGAGCUGCCCAAGCCCUUCUUCCGGCUGCUGAACCUGCGCAAGCUGGGCCUGAGUGACAACGAGAUCCAGCGUCUGCCCCCCGAGGUGGCCAACUUCAUGCAGCUGGUGGAGCUGGACGUGUCGCGGAACGACAUCCCCGAGAUCCCCGAGAGCAUCAAGUUCUGCAAGGCCCUGGAGAUCGCGGACUUCAGCGGGAACCCUCUGUCCCAGCUCCCCGAGGGCUUCACUCAGCUGCGCAGCCUGGCCCACCUGGCUCUGAACGACGUGUCCUUGCAGACGCUGCCCGGCGACAUGGGCAACCUCGCCAACCUGGUGACUCUGGAGCUCCGGGAGAACCUGCUCAAGUCCCUGCCUGCGUCCCUGUCUUUCCUGGUCAAGCUGGAACAGCUGGAUCUGGGAGGCAACGACCUGGAAGUGCUGCCUGACACCCUGGGCGCCCUGCCCAACCUGCGGGAGCUGUGGCUGGACCGGAACCAGCUGUCGGCACUGCCGCCGGAGCUCGGCAACCUGCGGCGCCUGGUGUGCCUGGACGUGUCGGAGAACCGGCUGGAGGCGCUGCCCACAGAGCUGGGGGGGCUGGCGCUGCUCACGGACCUGCUGCUGUCCCAGAACCUGCUGCAGCGGCUCCCAGACGGCAUCGGUCAGCUGAAGCAGCUGUCCAUCCUGAAGGUGGACCAGAACCGCCUGAGCGAGGUGACCGAGGCCAUUGGGGGCUGCGAGAACCUGUCUGAGCUGAUCCUCACCGAGAACCUGCUGACGGCUCUGCCCCACUCACUCGGGAAGCUGACUAAGCUGACCAACCUCAACGUAGACCGGAACCGCCUGGAGGUGCUGCCACCUGAGAUCGGGGGCUGUGCAGCCCUCAGCGUCUUGUCCUUGAGGGACAACCGCCUGGCCAUCCUGCCGCCCGAGCUCGCCCACACGGCCGAACUGCAUGUGCUGGACGUGGCCGGGAACCGGCUGCAGAGUCUGCCGUUCGCGCUCACCCACCUCAACCUCAAGGCCCUGUGGCUGGCAGAGAACCAGGCGCAGCCCAUGCUCCGGUUCCAGACGGAGGACGAUGCCCAGACCGGCGAGAAGGUGCUCACCUGCUACCUGCUGCCCCAGCAGCCCCCGCCCAGCCUCGAGGACCCCGGGCCGAGGAGCAGCCCCUCCGAGAGCUGGAGUGACGCCCCCCUCAGCCGCGUCAGCGUCAUCAAGUUUCUGGGGGCCCCCGUGAGCGACGAGGAUGCUGAGGAAGCCGCCGCCGAGAAGCGGGGACUGCAGCGCCGGGCCACGCCCCACCCCAGCGAGCUCAAGGUGAUGAAGAGGGGCGUGGAGGAGCGGCGUGGAGAAGCCUGCAGGCCUGGCCCCCGGCCGCCCUCGCCCUCGCCCUCGCCCUCGGAGGAGCCUCUGCAGGAGAGGAGGCUGAGCACCGGGUCCGGCCUGAGUGAGGAUGCGCCUCUGCCCACCAGCCCCGCCGCCCAGGGGGAGCCCGAGGGCCUGCCGGCCGAGGCAGAGGGCCCACGCCCGCCGGCCACCCCGGAGGAGGCCGAGGAGGAGGCCUACGAGGAGCCCACAGUGCGGUUUGCGGAGGACACCCUGCUGCUGCCGCCUGCGGAAGACGGCGAGAGGGAGGAGGGGCCCCUGGAGGCCCCCUGGGCCCUGCCUGGGCGGCAGCGGCUCACCCGCAAGGACACGCCUCACUACAAGAAGCAGUUCAAGGUCUCCAAGCUGCCCCAGCCCGAGGCCGUCGUGGCCCUGCUGCAGGGGAUGCAGCCGGACGGCGAGGGCCCCGCGGGGCUGGGCGGCUGGCACAACGGCCCGCACACGCCCUGGGCUCCGCGGGCCGAGGACGAGGAGGCCAAGGAGGAGGCAGUGGUGGCGGAGGCGGAGGAGGAGGAGGAGGAGGACGAGGAGGAGGAGGAGGCUGUGGCCUCGCUGCCCUCUGUCAAGGGGGUGUCGUUUGACCAGGCCCAUAACCUGCUGAUAGAGCCCGCUCGCAUUGAGGAGGAAGAGCUAACGCUGACCAUCGUGCGGCAGACGGGCGGCCUGGGCAUCAGCAUUGCAGGUGGCAAGGGCUCCACCCCCUACAAGGGAGACGACGAGGGCAUAUUCAUCUCUCGGGUGUCGGAGGAGGGCCCCGCGGCCCGGGCUGGAGUCCGAGUGGGGGACAAGCUCCUGGAGGUGAACGGCGUGGCCCUGCACAGCGCCGAGCACCACCAGGCCGUGGAGGCGCUGCGGGGGGCGGGCACCACCGUGCAGAUGCGGCUGUGGCGAGAGCGCAUGGUGGAGCCCGAGAACGCCGUCACCCUCACCGCCCUGCGGCCCGAGGACGACUACAGCCCCCGGGAGCGGCGGGGUGCCGGUCCGCGCCUGCCCCCGCCCGAGACCCCCGGGCCCCCCCGGCGGCGCCACGUGGCCUGCCUGGUGCGCAGCGAGAAGGGGCUGGGCUUCAGCAUUGCCGGCGGGAAAGGCUCCACGCCCUACCGGGCCGGCGACACAGGCAUCUUCAUCUCCCGGAUCGCCGAGGGGGGCGCUGCCCACCGGGCGGGCACUCUGCAGGUCGGCGACCGUGUCCUCUCGAUCAACGGGGUGGACAUGACUGAGGCCAGGCACGACCACGCCGUCUCCCUGCUGACCGCCGCCUCCCCCACCAUCGCCCUGCUGCUGGAGCGGGAGGCGGGGGGCCCCCUUUCUCCCAGCCCCCCGCCACACUCCCCUGUGCUCCCCGCUGCUGCCCCCACCACUGUGGUCACUGCCACCCCCGCGGGUCCUGGGCCUCUGCGGUUGGCCCCCAGCCUGCUUGCCGCUGCCCUGGAGGGGCCCUAUCCCGUGGAGGAGAUCUGCCUGCCGAGGGCGGGGGGCCCGCUGGGGCUCAGCGUUGUUGGGGGCUCCGACCACUCCAGCCACCCAUUCGGCGCCCAGGAGCCUGGCGUGUUCAUCUCCAAGGUGCUCCCUCGGGGCCUGGCUGCACGGAGUGGCCUUCGGGUCGGGGACCGCAUCCUCGCCGUGAACGGGCAGGACGUGCGGGAGGCCACGCACCAGGAGGCCGUCAGUGCCCUGCUGCGGCCCUGCCUGGAGCUGGUCCUGCUGGUGCGGAGGGACCCGCCGCCCCCGGGCCUGCGGGAGCUCUGCAUCCAGAAGGCGCCCGGAGAGAAGCUGGGCAUCAGCAUCCGCGGGGGCGCCAAGGGCCACGCCGGGAACCCCUGCGACCCCACCGACGAGGGCAUUUUCAUCUCCAAGGUGAGCCCCGCGGGAGCUGCCGGGCGCGAUGGCCGCCUGCACGUGGGGCUGCGGCUGCUGGAGGUGAACCAGCAGAGCCUGCUGGGCCUCACGCACGCCGAGGCCGUGCAGCUGCUGCGCAGCGCGGGCGACACCCUCACCGUGCUCGUCUGCGACGGCUUCGACACCAGCGCCGCCCCCACCGAGGUGUCCCCGGGUGUCAUCGCCAACCCCUUUGCUGGCAUCGGCCGCCGGAACAGCCUGGAGAGCGUCUCCUCCAUCGACCGGGAGCUGAGCCCUGAAGGCCCCACCAAGGAGAAGGAGCUGCCUGGACAGACGCCACAGUGGGGGCCGGAGGCCACGGUACCAACUGGGGCAGCUGGAGGGAAGAUGGCGGACACUCCUCGCUCCCCCGGCCUCCAGCAGACAAAACCUGGGGUGAUCCAGCCACUGGCUCAGGCCUGGCCAGGGGGCUCCCCGGCCCCCAGGGACAGAGGCAAUUCCUGCUCUGUGAGUGCCCUGACCCGCGGGCCGGGGGUGGAGGUCGGAGCUCAGACCCCCCUCCCCGCCCUCCCCGGACGAGCUGCCCUCCGAUGUGAAGCGAGCCUACCGGACCUUCGCUGCUGUGCCGGGCCCGCACCCCCCCCAGGACCCAACUGCCCAAACCUCUCUCUGCAGCCCUGCACGCCCGGCCCCACCGCCUCCCCGGAGCAGCUGUCCUUCCGCGAGCGGCAGAAGUAUUUUGAGUUGGAGGUGCGGGUGCCCCAAGCCGAGGGCCCCCCCAAGCGCGUGUCCCUGGUGGGAGCCGACGACCUGCGGAAGAUGCAGGAGGAAGAAGCCCGGAAGCUGCAGCAGAAGAGGGCGCAGAUGCUGCGGGAGGCGGCUGAUGCGGAGCUGGCGGACGGGGAGGCCCCGGACAGCGAGGAGCCAGAGGACGAGCCUCCCUGGGCUGGCGCCCCUGCUGCAGGGCUGGUCCCGGCGUCCCCCCUGGGAAGCAGCGCUCCGGUGCGAACGGCCAAGGCUGAACGGCGCCAUCAGGAGCGGCUGCGCGUGCAGAGCCCGGAGCUACCGGUGCCCGAGCGGGCCCUGUCCCCUGCCGAGCGCCGCGCGCUGGAGGCUGAGAAGCGAGCGCUGUGGAGGGCGGCCAGGAUGAAGUCCCUGGAGCAGGACGCCCUCCGCGCACAGAUGGUUCUCAGCAAGUCCCAGGACGGCCGGAGCAAGCGGGGGCCCCUGGAGCGGCUGGCCGAGGCCCCUUCGCCUGCGCCCACCCCAUCACCCACCCCCCUGGAAGGUCCGUGUGCCCGAGGGGAGUCAGGCUUGGCCUGCAGUGCGGACCUCUCCCAACACCCGUUUCUUGUCCCCCCAGACCUCGGCCCCCUGACCAGCACCUCCCCGGGACGUCUGGCCUUGUCUGGGAGGAAGUUCGACUACAGGGUGUUCGCCGCCCUGCCUUCUUCCAGGCCUGUCUAUGACAUGCAGUCCCCAGAUUUUGCAGAGGAACUGAGGUCCCUGGAGCCAUCUCCCAGCCCUGGCCUGCAGGAGGAGGAUGGAGAGGUGGCCUUGGUGCUUCUGGGCAGGCCCUCACCGGACGCCGUGGGCCCCGAGGACAUGGCCCUGUGCAGCAGCCGCCGCCCCCUGCGGCCAGGGCGCCGAGGCCUGGGUCCAGUGCCCUCCUAGAGGGGUGGGGCCCUUCCCCGGACUUGGGGUGGGGGCCCUGCCAGCACCAGCACCACCCUUGCCCCAAGUCUUUUAACCUGGGUGUUAGCGUUUUAGAGACCCCUCAGGAGUUCUGGCCUCCGACUAACAGCUCCCUCCC